AUGUGUCCUCAAUGUAAUCAUCGUACCAUCACUCAUGACAACAUCAGGCCUAGAUAUGAAGACAGGAUCACUCUGGACAAAACCACUGGAUCUCUUGAACUCAGGGUCCUGGCCCUGUUGACGGGUACAAAAUACAAAGUAAGCCUUUUCUUAAAGAAGGAUCACUGCUGAGUGGGGAAACAAGACUGGAGGUAUAUGGUGAGUACUACUGAUUUAGAUCUAGGAAAUGUAGGAAAUUGUUUUAAAAUAAAGUACACUUUCCCUCUGUGGUGAAAUCAGAAACAUCCAAGAAUCUGUAUAGAUUGUAUAUGUUCAGGCCAUGAGAGGGUGUAGCUGUUUGACAUUUACAGUUUAAUGAGCUGCUGUUUCUCAAAUCCAGUCAGUUGUCUGGGCACAGUGGCAUUUAUCCACCUCAUUUGUUUCUAAUGAUCUCAUGCAUUUUAGUUAGUAGUGUAUGAUGAAACAAUGUGUUCAGAAAAGGUACAUUCUUCAGAAAUUAUCUUCUAUGCAAAGAGAAGGUAGUUAUUCUGUUUUUAACCCACAGAGCGAGUCUGCAACAUGACAAUAACUCCCUACAACACAGAUUUAGUGGAGUUCAACAGCUCUGUCAGUUUGUCCUGCUCCUCCUCUGCCUCCUCCCUCUCUUACCACUGGCUGAAUGGCAGCUCUGAGGCCACAGCCAGUGAUGGAGUUCAGCUUGUUGAUGGAAACUCUCGCCAUAGUCAGUGUGACCUGGUAUGACCCGUGACCAUUCAGCUGUACCGUGUUCAACCCAAUGAUGUGUAUAAACCCUGUAUUGCUGAUGCCAUGUAAUGGCCAAUGAGAGGCUUUGAAUCCACCUGCCACCAUAUUGGAACUCCUCAGAAGGAGCAAUCCUCCAUAGGAAUGAAUGAAAUUCUACAGUAUUUCAAUAAAAUGUUUCAAGGACAAAAUUACAUGUAUUUAAGUAUUUAUUUGUUGUAGUGGAGACAGUAACCUUAGUACUCUCCCAAAAAAAUCCUUUAAGUAAUAUGUUUUAUAUUUUUUUUAGUUGUUGUUCAAUUCACAUAAUAUAAAUAAGUAUGCAUUAAGGUGUCUGAAAUAGAAUAUACUUGUCAAAAAUGAAUGUAGGCAAUAAUAAAUGGAUUUCUAUAGCUUCCAAAAUAUGUUUUACUAUGGAGGAGUACCAAAAUGCCUGCGCAAUGGUUUCAAAACAGCGGCCCCCUUGUCAGUCAUCUAGGAUUAAUACAUAUAAUUGGUUCGACCACGUCAGUAAUGGAACCAGCCAGCCUCUAACCCUCACUAUCAGCUGUGAGUCCAUUUUCAUUAACAAACUAAAUGCAACUGUAUGUUUUAUCCAAUUACUCCUCAAAUUAUUCUACAGGCUCAUAUGACCUACACUUGUUGAACACUCUAGCUGGUUGAAUUUUGCCUCUUGGUCUUGACCGUGACAUUGAUUGGACAUUGAUGUUUUAUUGGGCUUACAAUGGUUUUCAAAUGUGUCGCAGAGGUUCAGAAAACACCACAAUGAAGGUGACCCCUCUAGAUAACCCCUCUAGACCCCUUUAGGGCGUUAGGUAGGCUAGCGGUUAAGAGCGUUGGGCCAAAAGGUCGAAAGGUCGCUGGUUUGAAUCUGUCGAUAACUUAAAUGUAGAUGUACUGUAUGGAUCAGGGUCAGAACAAACAUGGAUGAAUUAAGAUGUCUUACUCAGGCAGUUUACCAUUGGAAAAAAUGUAAUUGGGCGUUCCCUCUCUUGCGUGCGCCCGUGUGGCGGGGGCAAAAGUAGACCAGAGUGGCCCCACCCUGACCUAAAACAAAUGAGGUAGUGGGGUGUCUCGCUUUCUCUAAUGUCUCUGGUCUGACCUCACUAUGUCCUGCUCAACAGAGUUCAGUCCUCCUGCCCAGCUCACCAUCAAAUGUGAUUAUUUGAAUUAGCUGUGUAGUGCCAGGGUAAAAACCAAAACGUGCACCAAGGGGGUGCCCCAGGACUGAGUUUGGGAAACCCUGCAAUAGGGAUCACCAGUUUCUCAUGGUGUGAACAACAUAAUUGAAAAGCCUUUGAGAAAGAUGCAGACAUACAUUUACCACACACAUCUCUGAAUAACUCUCACACUCAAUCAAUCAAUCAAUUUUAUUUUAUAUAGCCCUUCUUACAUCAGCUAAUAUCUCGAAGUGCUGUACAGAAACCCAGCCUAAAACCCCAAACAGCUAGUAAUGCAGGUGUAGAAGCACGGUGGCUAGGAAAAACUCCCUAGAAAGGCGAAAACCUAGGAAGAAACCUAGAGAGGAACCAGGCUAUGAGGGGUGGCCAGUCCUCUUCUGGCUGUGCCGGGUGAAGAUUAUAACAGAACCAUGCCAAGAUGUUCAAAAAUGUUCAUAAGUGACAAGCAUGGUCAAAUAAUAAUCAGGAAUAAAUCUCAGUUGGCUUUUCAUAGCCGAUCAUUAAGAGUUGAAAACAGUAGGUCUGGGACAGGUAGGGGUUCCAUAACCGCAGGCAGAACAGUUGAAACUGGAAUAGCAGCAAGGCCAGGCGGACUGGGGACAGCAAGGAGUCACCACGGCCGGUAGUCCCGACGUAUGGUCCUAGGGCUCAGGUCUCUCAGUUGGCUUUUCAUAGCCGAUCAUUAAGAGUUGAAAACAGCAGGUCUGGGACAGGUAGGGGUUUCGUAACCGCAGGCAGAACAGUUGAAACUGGAAUAGCAGCAAGGCCAGGCGGACUGGGGACAGCAAGGUGUCAUCAUGCCCGGUAGUCCUGACGUAUGGUCCUAGGGCUCAGGUUCUCAGAGAGAAAGAGAGAACGAGAGAAUUAGAGAGAGCAUACUUAAAUUCACACAGGACACUGGAUAAGACAGGAGAAGUACUCCAGGUAUAACCAACUAACCCCAGCCCCCCGACACAUAAACUACUGCAGCAUAAAUACUGGAGGCUGAGACAGGAGCGGUCCGGAGACACUGUGGCCCCAUCCGAAGAAACCCCCGGACAGGGCCAAACAGGAAGGAUAUAACCCCACCCACUCUGCCAAAGCACAGCCCCCGCACCACUAGAGGGAUAUCCUCAACCACCAACUUACAAUCCUGAGACAAGGCCGAGUAUAGCCCACAGAGGUCUCCACCACAGCACAAACCAAGGGGGGGGCGCCAACCCAGACAGGAAGAUCACGUCAGUAACUCAACCCACUCAAGUGACGCACCCCUCCCAGGGACGGCAUGAAAGAGCACCAGCAAGCCAGUGACUCAGCCCCUGCAACAGGGUUAGAGGCAGAGAACCCCAGUGGAGAGGGGAACCGGCCUGGCAGAGGACAGCAAGGGCUGUUCGUUGCUCCAGAGCCUUUCCGUUCACCUUCACACUCCUGGGCCAGACUACACUCAAUCAUAGGACCUACUGAAGAGAUAAGUCUUCAGUAAAGACUUAAAGGUUGAGACCGAGUCUGCGUCUCUCACAUGGGUAGGCAGACUGUUCCAUAAAAAUGGAGAUCUAUAGGAGAAAGCCCUGCCUCCCGCUGUUUGCUUAGAAAUUCUAGGGACAAUUAGGAGGCCUGCGUCUUGUGACCGUAGCGUACGUAUUGGUAUGUACGGCAGGACCAACUCGGAAAGAUAGGUAGGAGCAAGCCCAUGUAACGCUUUAUAGGUUAACAGUAAAACCUUGAAAUCAGCCCUUGCCUUAACAGGAAGCCAGUGUAGGGAAGCUAGCACUGUAGUAAUAUGAUCAAAUUUCUUGGUUCUAGUCAGGAUUCUAGCAGCCGUACACACUAAUGUCAACCACCACUGCAUAGAUAGGAAAAGGCCCCUAUAUGGCCGUAAGUGGCCAGUUACAGAGUGCAAGCCAAAACGUGUCAAAACUUCAGUGUCCAAAAACCACACACUAGUGUAAAAACCACACACUAGAGAUGACAAAUGCCCAACCUUAACUUUAGUUCUGUUUUAUUUAUUUAUUGCAGAGUUCAUUAAAGGAAUAGUUUACACACAUUUGUAAUGUUGAUCAGCAUUUUGGCACAUAUCUAGAACCAGUAUGGUCAAACAUUUCUAUAUAUAUAAUAUAUGUUUCAUUUAGUUUGGUCUUCCACACCACCUCCAGCAAACAAGUUAAAUCCAUCAUCAACACAUAGAAAACCUGCAUGAUAACACCCAGUGUGUAUAUGUGAUAUAAUGUACAUAAUCAAUACAUAUAUCUUAUGUUUGAUAAUCUGCUUUUUUGUGUACUUUAUUCAUAUUGAAAAGCAAAACCUUGUUCAGUAAAGUAGAUAACAACAAUACAGUAACUGAUCAAAGCAUGUGGAGGAUGUAAUGUUAACAACAUAAUGUAAAUAGUCAAGUAUUUAUAGAACACUGUAUUGUAAAGUGUGGAGUCAAAAAGGCAAAGAAGCUGGAAUAAUGUAUUGCUUUACAUGAUGUAAAAACAGAAUUAAUAAUAACAAUUGCUUUUCUCCAUCAACCUUGUUGUUCUUUGUGUCAAGUGUGACCAGUAGUAUGUUGAUAUGACCUAAUUACAUUCAGUUCAUUAAUUCAUACAAAGCUGGGUGUUGGUUCUAAGUGAUCCUAUAGUGAUGUCAGUGUUAGAGAAGGAGUAUAAAGCACAAACCUUUAUUAUAUAGAAUAUAUAAUCUAUUAUCAGAAAAUACCUCAAGACCAAAGUCCACUAUGUUUAUCAGUCAAAGCCUGCAAAGCAAUAGAGGGCAACAGACUCAGUGAAUGUAAAACCCCACACAGCUUCCUUAUUAGUCGAAGUGGAGGUGGAUUGUAGUGUUCCAACAGUGGAGUGUGGUCAUUUGUUCCUUCAUGCAGUGAUGUAAAUCAUCAAAACAUUUUAUCUCAAUAUUUCUUCCUCAUAUCAGGUUUUGGUGUUACUGUAGACCGCUUUUAUUGAAGCCCUGUCUCCUAUGCAAUACUUAUUUGUAGGGACAGAACUAGUCUGAAUCGCAGACAUUUGUUACAUCAGAAGAGAUGGUGGCAUCUGCUGUUGUCUUUCUUACCAUGGCAAUACUCUCAGGUGAGACCAUAUCUGCUGCACUCAAUAAAAUACAGCCACACAUAGGUUAACCCUAAAAGCACCAACAUGGGGUCAAUUCUGACACCAAGGGGUAAAAAAUGUCAUAAUUUCCAAACCCUUUCUUGAUCCUUCUGAAAUGUUAGGACCAUGAAUUCUGUGUUAAUGUAAUAUAUUAUUGUCCUCUCCCAUGACAGUAGGAAUUGUUCUUCAAUAAAUAGCAGGUUCUUUGUCAAUAGUCAUAGAUGUAGUUUCAAUUAUGUUCAUAUCCAUCUCUAAAGCCAUACACAUUUAAUUAAAUGUUUAACGGAUUGCUGUCAGACCUUGUCCAUAGAUGGCUUACAUGGUAAAGAAUCCAAUAUGUCAUUUUGUAAUUUGGGUGAACUAUCCCUUUCAGGUGGUGACAAAUGCUGCUUAACAUUUUCUCUCACAAAAUAUCGUUAUUCCACUAGGCACAGUGGCUACCAUAGUGGCUUCAAAAAUGUUCUUGAUAAAAUAAAUAUUUUAUUAGAGCGUUUAAGAACUUAUUUGAAAACAUUCCACUUAUGUCUUUGAUUACAGCAUUUUGUGUUUGUUUUGGAGACAUGAUUAUCAAGCCCUGUUAUUGUUUCCUCAGGAUAUUGUGCUGGUCUAGAAGUGCUUCCACCUGGACCUGUGAAUGGAACAUUGGGAGGAAAUGUGAUUUUCAAAACCACCAUCAAUCCAACCACACUUAGUACAAUCUAUUGGACAUUUGGUGAUCCCACUGUAACCAUUGUUGACUUUCUCAGUUCUGAAGGUCCUGUGACCAGAGCGGGAUAUGUUGGUAGGAUCAGUCUGGACAAUAGCACUGGAUCUCUGGAGCUCAGGAAACUGACCCUGGCUGACAGUGGAGAAUACAGAGUGAUCAUAGGAGAGUCUGAUCUUAUGCAGUUGGCAGAUACUUCACUGAAUGUCUAUGGUGAGUACCCCCUGAGUUCCAAAAGAUGUCACUGAAUGAUAAAUAUGCAUUGAUAUUGUAUUGAGUUGUCAACUAAUGUGAAUAUAAUGUACUUCCAUUCAUAAAAACAAUAUAUAACAAAAAAACUAAUGUGCUUGUUGAAAUGCAGUUACUCUAGUCUUUAAUGGUGCAGUUACAAUUUAUUUGAUGGAUAUCUCUUGACACUCUACUACAUACAUGAUCCAUGGUCAGAAGCAGAGCUAGUGGGAGGGCCAUGGGUGUGACCACCAGGGUUGGCGUCAAUUCCAUUUAGAUUCCAGUCAAUUCAAAAAGUGAACCAAACUCCAAUUCAAAUUUACAUUUUUACUAAUUGAAAACCAUGGAAGAGAAUUGGAAUUAGAAAUGAAGUGUACUUCCUGAAUUUACUGGAAUUUAAAUGGAAUUGACCGCAACCCUGGUGACCACCCCAGGGCCCACACACCUAGGGGCCCCCUGUUCCUGCAUAUAAACAUUUAAUACAUGUUUUCAACGAUGAUGUACCAAAAACCAAAGAAAUAACAUUAUUUGACACUGUAAAACAUGGCAAAAUGUAUAUAUAGUACAAUAUAUUAUACGAUUUCAUUAAAUCCUGGAAUUGGUCUGAGCUGGUGUUGCUUAUUUUAUAAAGCAAUGUACAGCUGUCUAUCGCUGUACCCCCUUGAGGGCCCCCCUGGCCUGGGACUGGCAGCUGCCUGGGCUGGUGGCUGGCUGCUGCUGGGAGGGACCAGGGUCUUCAAAAUGAUUAUUCAUUUAUUUAGUAAGUUUGUUAGUUUAAAACUACUAAUAGUCCAAUUUAUACAGCACCAAAACAACAUUUUAUUUAUUUAUAUAAAAUGAUUCUACAAUAAUAUUAAAUGAAAACAGAUUGCUUAGCCAAGCCUUUUCAAUGUUCAUAGUGAAUAUUUUCAAUCGUCUCACAGCCAAGAGGCUAUAGGCCAUUAUUGAACAUGCAGCUACUGUAAUGAAGCAGGCAAUGUAUUAGGCGACAUAAUUUCCAAACAUUUUCCAAAUGCAAUUAGUGGGAAAACACCAUUGUAAACGGCAACUGAUGCCAGCGGUUUCAUGUGACAGAGGUGAAAAUCUCUGUUAGAAACUUAGAAUGAGUGGAAAUCUAAAGAUGCAACAACUAGGAUGGGUUGCUAAUAUGACUCUUAGAAAAAAAGGUGGCUAUCUAUAACUUGAAAGGGUUCUUCAGCUGUACCCAAUGGAGAACCCUUUGAAGAACAUUUUUUGGUUCCAUGUCGAAACCUUUCCACAGAGGGUUCUACAUGGAACCAAAAAGGGUUCUACCUGGAACCAAAAAGGGUUAUCCUAUGGGGACAGCCAUAGAACCCUUUUGGAACCCUUUUUUCUAAGAGUUUAGGAUUGUGCCUUUGGCUUCUGGACAAUGAUAGAAAGUUGAUAUAGAAAUAUAGAACAAGAGAGAAAUGUUGGUUUCAAUGGCAUAUGAGGAAUAUUUAUACAAUUAUUCCCUAAACGUUUCUAUGGUCGGAUAUUGGCUAUAGGCUACUUUGAAGCAAGGUUAGACAUGCGUCAUAAUAGGCUAUAACGUAAAACUCUAUUUUCACACACGAUUGCGAGAAAUGUUGCACAAUGACUGGGAUUAUAAGAAUACAUGAUUAAUGAGCUGUGAGCUCUCGCUUCGCUCAAACUAGGCUCUGUAUGCGGUAUGCGGUAGCGCGUGUUAUAAAUAAAUUAGAUAAUGAAAUAACCUACUAACAGCCUAAUUUGCUUUUAUGAUGGGGCAUAUCAACUAUUAAUUUUAAAAGAUUUGCUAAGGACCCCUCGAGAGCGCCCUGCCCCAUCUGCGCUGAUACUCGAGCUCCGUGCCUGUCCAUGGUAAUGUAACAUCAGUGGUGUACAUUUUUUAAGUACAAAUACUUUAAAGUACUUUUGGGUAUCGAUACAUUACUUUACUAUUUAUAUUUUUGAGAACUUUACUCCACUACAUUCCUGAAGAAGAUAAUGUACUUUUUACUCCCUACAUUUUCCCUGACACCCAAAAAUACUCAUUACAUUUCCAAUGGUUAGCAGGACAGGAAAAUUUUCCAACUCACGCACUUAUCAAGAGAAUAUCCCUAGUCAUCCCUACUGCCUUUGAUCUGGUGGACUCACUAAACACAAAUGCUUUGUUUGUAAAUUAUGUUUGAGUAUUGGAGUGUGCCCCUGGCUAUCCGUAAAUUAAAAUAACAAAAUUGUGCCAUCUGGUUUGCUUAAUAUAAGGAAUGUGAAAUGAUUUACUUUUACUUUUGAUACUUAAGUAUAUUUUAGUAAUUACAUCUACUUUUGAUACUUAAGUAUAUUUCAAACCAUUUUCUAUUAAGGGACUUUUACUUUUACUCAAGUAUUACAGUUAGGUACUUUUUCCACCACUGUGCAACAUGAACAUAAAACGAACCUGUUUCAACUAUUCUUCAUUUCCAAACCACAUUAAUUAGUAUUAUCUCAUCUUGUACUCAUUUCACAGAAACAGUAUCUGGUGCUACUAUCACAAUUACCCCAAACCCACCAAUCAUUGAGUGGGGCUCUGUCACCUUAAUCUGUGAUGCUGCUGGCUUCAACAUCACCAGAGAGUGGAUGAAGGAUGAUCAUCCUUUGUCUUCUGGUGACAAUAUCAUCAUCUCUGAGGUUAAGAGAGUGCUGUCCAUAAACCCUGUGAAGAGAACAGACAGUGGAGAAUACAUGUGCACAGUCAGAAACCCUGUCAGCUCUACAAAUGCCAGUGACACUGUGAAUGUAAUCUGUAAGUACUUCCCUAUAAGCCUGGAGAUAAAUACCCAGGAUAAACCAGAUAAAUGUACCAACUGUACCAUCAACAGGUGUACGUGAAAAUAAUAUAACAAUGAAUGAACACAAACUUUACACCAACCAUUAUGACUCCAACGUCACACUGAUUACAAACUAAUACACUUGUAGCUAUGACUAACUGGUGAUCUCUGUGUUACAGAUGGACCUGAUGGUAUGGAAAUCAAGGGUCCAACUGAAAUAGAACUAGGACAGCAGUUAACAUUGACCUGCUCUGCUGACUCCAACCCCCCUGCUAGUUACACAUGGAUGCUUAAUGGAACAGAGAUACCUGGACAUUCACCUGAGUUCACUAAAGAGAAGAGUAAAUACUCUGACAGUGGGGAUUACACCUGUACAGCAACAAAUGAUGUCACUGGGAACAACACAUCUGAGGUCCAUAAACUGUCAGUAAAAGGUAAAGUAAGCAGAAUCUUUACAUUUAUAUUUACAUUUACAUCAUCUAGCAGACGCUCUUAUCCAGAGCGACUUACAAAUUGGUGCAUUCAACUUAUGAUAGCAAGUGGGACAAGCACUUUUUUUCUUCUUUUUUUUAUGGGGGUGGGGGGGGGGGUGGGGGGGGGUAGAAGGAUUACUUUAUAGUACUCCAGGUAUGCCUUAAAGAGGUAGGGUUUCAAGUGUCUCCGGAAGGUGGUCAGUGACUCCGCUGUCCUGGCGUCAUGGGGGAGCUUGUUCCACCAUUGGGGUGCCAGAGCAGCAAAUAGCUUUGACUGGGCUGAGCGGGAACUGUGCUUCUGUAGAGGUAGGGGGGCUAGCAGGCCAGGGGUGGAUGAACAUAGUGCCCUCGUUUGGGUGUAGGGUCUGAUCAGAGCCUGAAGGUAAGGAGGUGCCGUUCCCCCUCACAGCUCCGUAGGCAAGCACCAUGGUCUUGUAGUAGAUGCGAGCCUCAACUGGAAGCCAGUGGAGUGUGCGGAGGAGCGGGGUGACAUGAGAGAACUUGGGAAGGUCGAACACCAGACGAGCUGCGGCGUUCUGGAUAAGUUGUAGGAGUUUAAUGGCACUUUAAAGACAACAUGAAUAUAGUAAGAGAUAAAAGUUACAUUUACAUUUUAGCCAUUUAGCAGAGACUCUUAUCCAGAGCGACUUACAAUUAGUGCAUUAAGAAAGCUAUGUGGGAUAACCAAAUAUCUCAGUCAUAGUAAGUACAUUUUUCCUCAAUAAAGUAACUAUCAGAAAAGUCAGUGCUAGUAGAAGAAAAAAAGUUAUACUUAUGAAGUUUUGCAUUCCAAACUUGUUUUGAAAUAGUGCCUUUUUGUUGUGUUUGUUGUGUUGUCACCUAGAUGCACUGUAAUGUGCAGUACUGAUUGUUCAUUGUGUGUAGCCUUUCUCUCAUCUCUGUAUGGGUCUCUCCCUGGUCUCUGCAACGGAGGGCUCUCUAACUCCAGGUGGGCUGUCUACUGUUGCCAUCACUGGGAUUGUGAUUAUAGUGUUGCUGGUUCUGGAAGUGGCAGUUAGUGUUGCAGUCUAUUUCAUCAAGGAAAAGGGGUGAGUUAAGAAACUUUUCAUUUAAACAAGUGUAUUUUCUAUCACUGCAGGUAGUAGACAAUAUAGGCUCUGUUUUCACAUUGAUCUAAAAUGGUCAGAAAAAGGGCCUGCGUGUAUUUCAAAAGCACUGUAAUAUUAUGUUCUUAUAACUUCACUGUAAACUGUUAAAAGCACUGUAAUAUUAUUUCAUUAUACCUUUCCAUGUUUAUUUCUUGUUGUAUAUAGAAGCAAUGCUGACCCAAUGCAUCGAGGAGGUAAGCAUAUGCUUUAUCUCCAAUCAUAUAAUUAAUCAUGUUUUUCAAACAUUUGUUUUCUCCAUUUACAUUAAAAUGGUCAUUUAGCACAUGCUCUUAUCCAGAGUGAUUUGCAGUUUCCAUGGAAGAAUGAAAUGGAUUCAGACAAAUUACAUGAUAUAGUACAACACCACUGUGACGAUGCUUAAUACUGUAACAAUGCGUAUGCAGACAAAUGCAAACAAGAUAGCAGCAACUAUGCAACCACCUCUAUUUGUGUAUCUCUUAAAGGCUCUCAACAAAAUGUAUAUGAGAACCCAUCACCUGUGUAUGAGAACCCAUCACCCUUGUAUGAGAACCCAUCACCCGUGUAUGAGAACCCAUCACCUGUGUAUGAGAACCCAUCACCUGUGCGUGACAACACACAACAAAAUCUAUCUCCACCUCUACCCCUGACA